AUGGAAGAGUCAGCCAGAUUACCAAUGCUUCCAGUAAAGGAUCACCGCGAUGAGAAGCAUCGGAAACGUCGUUCCCAUCGAGAAGAAUCAGAAUAUCACUAUGGUUCUAGUUAUUAUUAUCAAGAAUCCAGCAACCACUCGGGACAUGUAGAUAAAUACGAUGAUAAUUACUACCGAAAUAGGUAUCCAAAGUCAUACGACCAACAAGAAGACCACAUUAGUCGUCGCAAAAAGUCUAAACACCACAGUCCCAGCUGUGAUACACAUCAUGAAUCUAAACGAUCUCAUCAUGAAAAAAAAUCUCACAAGACUAGGAAACAUCCCGAAGAUAAUCAUAAAUCUAUCUCAGGCAAUGAAAACAAAUCUUUAGUACUAGUUGACAAUGAGGAAGAUGAGGAAGAGAUUAUCAGACGAAGACGUAUUGAAAGACAAAAGUUGUUAGAAAAGUUAGAGAUCGGAAAUCAAGGAGAAGCCCCAAUCACUAAACUCGACAGCGAUCCCAAUCCUCAAGUUAUUCAGGCAGACAGUUUGACGGAUAUGGUCACGUUUGAUGAUACUGAGGACUUCGAUUUUGAGAGGUUUGUCCAGGCUAAGUUAGAAUGUAUCAAAAUGGCUCCAACUAGUACCUCAGACCAACCGAGCUCACCAAGUGGUCGUCUAUCUGGUGUUCAAGCUCCAGCCGCAAUGGCGCUUCAAGAUAAAAGAAGAAAUGACCCAAAUAUCUCUGGACAUAACAAUUCCAAACCCUCUACAUUUGAUAUGUUUGCUGAGGAAUUCGAAGUCGAGCUGCAUCAUGCUCCGGGGACAAUGGCAUUGGGGGCUAUGGCCUCUGAAAAUCAUGCCCUCUCCGACAAUUGGGAUGAUGCUGAAGGUUAUUACCGUGUUCGCAUUGGUGAAGUUUUGGACAAGCGUUAUGCUGUUUACGGAUAUACUGGUCACGGAGUGUUUUCUAACGUUGUUAGGGCGAGGGACAGUGCUCGGGGCAAUUUAGAGGUGGCAAUCAAGAUAAUAAGAAACAACGAUGUAAUGCACAAAUCAGGUCUAAGGGAACUAGAAGUUCUUAAAAAACUCAACGAUGCUGACCCACAAGAUCGUUUUCAUUGUCUGCGACUUUAUCGUCACUUUUUCCAUAAAAAUCAUCUAUGCAUGGUGUUCGAGUUGAUGAGUCUAAAUCUUCGAGAGGUUCUGAAAAAGUACGGACGUAAUAUUGGGCUGCAUAUUGCUGCUAUACGCUCAUACACUCAGCAGCUUCUGUUGGCUUUGAAGCUGAUGCGCAAGUGUGGUAUUUUGCAUGCGGACAUCAAGCCUGAUAACAUACUUGUAAAUGAAAACAAAAUCUUGCUUAAGUUGUCUGAUUUCGGAUCAGCAUCUACUAUACAGGAUAAUGAUAUCACGCCUUAUCUUGUUUCACGUUUUUAUCGUGCUCCAGAAAUAAUUUUAGGUGUUCCUUACGACUACAAUGUGGAUUUGUGGUCUUGCAGCGUAACUCUAUUUGAGUUACAUACUGGACAAAUUAUGUUUCCAGGAAAGACUAACAAUGAAAUGUUGCGUUUAAUGAUGGAAGUCAAAGGACGUAUACCAGGUCGCGUGAUCCGCCGUGGAACGUUUCGCGCACAGCAUUUUGAUGAACAGUGCAAUUUCCUCUAUCAUGAAGUGGACAAAGUAACACAAAAGGAGAAAAUGACCGUAAUUCGUAAUUUGCAGCCAACAAGAGACCUAAUGACAGAUCUUAUUGGUCAGUCGAAGCUAAGUGAACCAAUCUUCCGCAAAGUAACACAGUUUCGCGAUCUUCUCGAAAAAACUUUAAUGUUGGAUCCUACUCGUCGUAUUUCUUUAAAUGAAGCUUUGCAACACCCAUUUAUUACCGAGCUGACUGCUAACAUAUGUGAAUUGAAUUCACGACUUAUAUAUGAAUUGAUGGAUAAAAUUAUAUGUCCUGUCAGUGUAUUUUUACUUGUGAUUACUUCCGCCAACAAAUCAGAAAGAGUUUAUGAUUUUAUCACUGAACAAGAUGUGAAGGGAUAUUCGAUACAAGAGACUAUUGGAUUUCGAACAUUUCAACAGAUGAGUAAUCCACAAUACAGAGAAUAUGAAAAUGGUUUCCCACCUGGUAUUUAUGGGUCUUCUAUUAUACCUACUACUAUAUGGUAUCAUUACUGGAGUCGGGAUAAUUAUGAAGAUAUGUUUCCGCAUAAUGGAAAUAUGUACUUAGCUGAUGUGAAUUGGCCUCACAUAGUCACAUUAUGUGAUGAAACCAAACAUCCAAGAUGUUCAUGGGCUUAUUUUUUAGCAUUGAUGCAACCUACUUCUCAUAAUCCACACUUGCUAAAACAAAUAUUCGGUGAAGAGUUUGAGAGAUUAUCAAAUAAACACUUCAUUACACCAAUUAUACGUGGUGGAUGUUAUCGUUUAAGGACAAUAGAUCAAAUGAGUUUAAUAUACAUAUAUACCAUAUGUCAUCUUUAUGGUGAGGUAAAGGAAGCUAUUCCUGACUUAGAAGUAUGUCCAAAUCCAUGUAAGCGAAGACCAUGUCAUUAUAUUCAAAAUGCAGUUGGUGGUUCUUGUAAACGUCGUGGCUAUCAUAAAGAUGAUUAUGAAUGUUUAUGUGAAUCAGGAUACAAAUGGGAAAAGGACCUAUUAUUGUGUACCAUAAUUGAUACAUGCAAAGUGUUUUGUAAUCAUGAGACAACUGAAUCUUGUUUUCUUAAUCAAACAACAGGUGUAGCUACAUGUAUUUGUAAAACUGGUUACACCGGAUAUGAUUGUAAUCAACCAUUCGACGCUUGCAUAUUUGAUACAACUUUGAAAAUGAAUCCGUUAGACGCUAGUCCAUAUAUACCAUCAGGAUAUGAAGCAUGUGGAGUUCUGUUAAAUCCAACUAAUAAAUGCAAUUCAAUGAAUGAUAUGUUAACUUACAAUUGUACUUGCAGUAUAGGAUAUACAAGAGAUUUGUCUUUACCAUAUGAUAACUGUUUGAAACAAAAAGAUGGAUGUGAUACACGCUUAUGUUUGCAUGGUGAAUGUAUAAGUUCAAAAGAUCUUACUAACAGUGUCUGUGAUUGUGAGGAAGGAUAUAGAGGUGAAAAAUGUGAUAUACCUAGAAGUAUUUGGUCACAUUGGUCAGAGUGGACAUUUUGUGAACAGGAUUCCGGAUCUACUGGACAGAGUACAAGGAUACGUUUAUGUUUAUAUGAAAAUGAAGAGGAUUGUGUGGGUGAAUUGGAACAGGUACGAUUAUGUGAACCAAAUAUAACUUUUACACAAAAUGCAUCUAUUUCAGAAAUAACAUGGAAUGAUUUUACACAAUGGAGUGAAAACGCAAUGUUAUACACUUUGGUUUAUGUGGGAUUCGUAGCUAUAUUACUGAAAUUCCUAAAUUUGUAUAAGCACCAUUGUCCAGAUUUAAACAAGACGUUAUGAUAUAUCUCAAGUGUAUUUUUUACUGUAUUAAUCAAAAUGUCAAAUCUAUUAAUCAUAAAAAUACAGUAAAUCAAUGGGUUACAGGUUAAAAGUGCUCAAAUAAAUAAAAGAUUUAAUCCAUUCUAACCAUCAGCUUAUUCGCAG